AUGUUUUUGUCAAUAUUUCUGAUCAUCGCAGUUGUAUAUUGUAAUGAAAAUUCGAUUCUAUCAAACGAAAUCGACGAAAAAAUCAAUGAAGGAAAAAAUUCCAAUAAUUCUGCCCCGUCAUUAUUAUUAGCUCAAUUGGUAAGAUCAUUUUCCUAAUAUUCGUAACGUAAAACUACAAAAAAACUGCUUCAAUCUAGAUUUGGCGGCACGGUGAUCGUUCACCAUUUGGCACAUAUCCAACGAAUAUUCACGGAGAAGAAUUAUGGGCAAAUGGAUUCGGAGGAUUGACUGAAAUUGGAAUGUUUCAACAAUUCCAGCUAGGAAAAUUAUUAAAUUCAAUGUAUAUCAAUUCACCAACUCCACUUUUGAGCAAGAAAUACAACCCAAAGGAGAUUUACAUAACUGCCACUGAUUUCAAUAGAACAAUAUCAUCAGCAAUGUGCAACUUGGCUGGAAUGUUUGAAAAUGGAGAACCUGGAAAAGAUCACCCAAAUCAAGUUCAGUGGCCACGAGGUUGGACACCAAUCCCUGUUCAUAUAACAGGUAAAAAUGAUGUGAGUUUUCGAAUAUAUGAGUCUAAAGUUCGAUCAUUUUUUUUAUAACAAACAAACUCUUCGAAUUAUUGAUUCUAACGUUGAUUCAAUUAUCGACAAUAAUUUUUCAACCAAAAUGGUUAAACUUUUAAAUAUUCCAGACAUCUAACCCGAGCGCGUAUUGUCCGAGAUCAACAGAAAUUCUAGACGAAAUUAAAAACGGAACAGAGUUUUCGAAAUUCAUUACUGACAAUCAAGAAUUAUUCAAUUUCUUAUCUAACAAAACCGGAAUGAAAAUUGGAAUUGAUGAGGUGUAUCUUAUCAAUGAUGUACAUUUCAUUUACGUGAGUUUGAAUCUCUAAAACCACACAGAAAAACUAUUAUUUUCUAUAGGAUCUUUACAACAUGACUCAACCAGACUGGUUCACAAAAGACAUUCAGAAAAAAGUUCUUAAAGCUGCUCAAAUUGCUGAACACUUUUUGAGUGGAGUUGUUGGCGAAAAAUCGAAUGUCGAAUAUAUCAAACUUCGUGGUGGACGAGUUUUGAAAGGAAUUAUCGAUCGAAUCAACAUGAAAUUAGAUUGUUUGAAAAAAUCAAAUUCCGGAAAAGAAUGUGAUUGGAUUUCAAACCUUAAGUACCACGCAUUUUCAGCGGUAUAGAAAUUUAUUGAAACUUUUCGCAAAGAAUUUUUUCAGCACGAUUCAACAAUCAUCGCAAUAAUUUCAACAUUGGGAAGUCAGCAAAAAAUACUUGGAGGUAAAAUUCCUUCCUAUACCGCAUCAAUUGCUUUUGAACUUUGGGAUAUUCCUGGAAAAGGACCAGCAGUGAAAAUUCUCUAUCAUAAUUCGGUCAAUGAAAAAUAUACAACAAUAACUCAUUUGAUCGAAGGAUGCCCGGAAACAGAAUUCUGCGAUUUGAAAACAUUCCAAAAACGAAGCGAACAAUUUCUUCCAAAGGAUAUCGAAAAAGAAUGUCGAGCUCAAAAUUGGGUGAUUACAGAAUAA